AUUAGAUCUCAGCCCCAAGGAAAUGCAUGCGCCAGCCGGCUUAAAAGUUACAUUGUUGACUUCCUGUCAGCCCAAACUUAUAGAGCUCAAUUAUUCGGAUCUCCGAGUGAACUUCGCUACUGGCUAACUCGAUGGGCCAGGGAGCUUAUCGAAGCGAAUGACGAGGAGGCUGUACGACGGUUUUUCACGCGCCUUAUUGGCCCCGUUCUUUAUCCAACUAGUUCUUCCAGUUCUUCAUGGCAGGCUGAUAUUAAAGGAAUAUCUAAGCGGAAGUUGGCCGAGGAAUUGCUCCAUCUUUUUGCUCUCAAUCUUAGAUUGCAAAGGCUUUACAUCGAGCUCCGUGAAAUGCUCUCUAUGGUGAAUAUGUGA